CGAUAGUUUGCCGUAAAUGCACACAUUGUAUCGACUUUGAGCAGUGCGUUGUGCUGUGACAGUUUAUUUAUUUUAUUAACAAUUCGUCAUUUUAUUUUUCGUACCUCCCAAAAUGACAAGAUUUAGUGAUGUGAUAAAAUUUAUAAUCUUCGUAUCGUUGUCGGUCUUUUACUCUAGUUUUAUUGCAUUUGCAUUAUUACUAGUUUAUAUUUUUAAGAAGAGCCUAUUUGAAGUUAAGGACCGUCCAAAUCCACCUGCACCAUUAACUGGAAAUGAGUUUGGCGUUCACAAAUUCGCCAAUGUCAAUGGCAUCAAACUUCAUUAUGUCGAGAAAGGUGAUCCAAAAAAUCCACUUAUCGUCUUCGUUCACGGCUUUCCAGAAUUUUGGUACAGUUGGCGCCAUCAAUUGAAAGAAUUCAGCAAAGAUUAUUGGACUAUUGCAAUUGAUCAACGUGGUUAUGGACAAUCUGAUAAGCCUAGCAACGUCUCGGAAUAUCAUGUUGAUAAUAUGGCAGACGAUAUUAAUGCACUUGUGAAGAGCUUAGGAAGAGAGAAAUUCAUCUUAGUGGCACAUGACUGGGGUGCAGCUAUUGGCUUCAACUAUGUUUAUCGAUACACGGAGACAUUAGAAAAGUAUAUUAUGAUUGGUGGACCAACAACUCAAGCUUGGAAGAAAUUGGUUACUGGAUCUGUUAAACAAUUUAUUAUGUCAUGGUAUGUCUUCUUCUUCCAAAUGCCAAUCUUACCUGAAACUGCAUUAAGAAUGCAAGACUUGAGAGCAUUUGAGACAAUGAAACUUGGAACUGCUGAAGAUAUCGAGUGCUUUAAGUACACAUUCGCUAAGAAAGACGCUUUAACUUAUCCAAUAAAUUAUUAUCGAGCUAUUCGUGUUCUUGAUCCUGACCGCAGAUUGCCUCGUCCUCAAAACCCUGUUCCUGGUCUCUUUCUUCUUGGUGAAUAUGACAAAUAUAUUUCACGUGAAACUGGAUCAUUAGCAAUGCAAGAGUUGGCUAGAUUAGAGUUCAAUAUUAUCAAAGGAGCUAAUCAUUUUGCACAGCAACAUAAACCAGACGAAACUAAUCGCAUGAUUAGAGAAUUUCUCGAAAAGAAGUAAAACUGUGGAAAAGACAACAAAAGAGUGAUAAAGAAAAUAAUUAAAUAAUAAGAAGGAAGAAAAUGUCAGGAGAAUCUAUGAAUUUAAAUUCUUUACAAAGAAAGAGAUGUGCUUAAAACUUUUUAUGUUAUCCGAGCUGCACAGGAACUAGUUUGGUACCCAAAGUUAAUUUUUUGGUGAACUUUCAAUUUAGAUUUAAUUUUUAUUUUAUCAUCCUAAUGUUUUAAAGUCAUUUAACUGCUAAAAAGUACAGGAUUGAUAAAAUAAUAAGUUUUAAAUGCAAACUUUUUCUGUGCUGUUCGGUAUAAUAUGUUAAGCGUGGGUUGAGCAUGCAGAAAGAAAUUUAAAGAGUAAUAAAAAGAUAAAGAACAAUGCUAAGACAAAGAAUUACUUUAAUUAAAUUUUUUUGUGUACAUUUAUGUUUUUACGUCAAGAAAAUGCACUAAUUCUUUUCUUCUAAUAAUCCUACAAAAGUUGUUCUUAUACAAUAGAAAACUUAUAAGAAAGUUGUUGAAAUUCAAUCUCAUUCGAAUAACCAGAAUUUUAUGGAUAUCCAGUGUUUUAAUUAAAAGUAUCGGAAAUAUCCAAUUAAUUGGUCCAAAGUGCUUCAUGCUUCAUUUAUCCGUUGCUUACUUCAUUUACGUCAGCACAAUAAAUAAUGUCUCAU